CGAGCACCACCACCUACUAGUCUAUACAAGAACAAACUACCUCGACUCUUUGAGGAUAAUCCGACAUCUCGUCAUACAACACAAUCAUCAAAAUGUCGGACGGAGAAGAGACCCAAUCCAACCCCGUUGUCGCCGCCGAUGAGGUCGAGGUUUCGGCCGACGCUGGCGCCGGUGGCCAGAUGUCCGUCUUGGAUGCCCUGAAGGGAGUUCUCCGUAUCUCUCUCAUCCACGACGGACUUGCCCGUGGUCUGCGCGAGGCCGCUAAGGCCCUGGACCGUCGUCAGGCUCACAUGUGUGUCCUGAACGAGGGCUGCGAGGAGGAGGCCUACAAGAAGCUUGUUGUGGCUCUUUGCUCCGAGCACAAGAUUCCCCUUAUCAAGGUCCCUGAUGGAAAGAUGCUUGGCGAGUGGGUUGGUCUUUGCCAGCUCGACCGUGAGGGUAACGCCCGCAAGGUCGUCAACUGCUCUUGCGUCGUCGUUAAGGACUGGGGUGAGGAGUCUCAGGAGCGCUCUGUCCUCCUUAACUACUUCCAGACUGAGCAGUAAAUUGCUCGCCUCAUUUCAUUAUAUUGAAGUGAUGUCUGGGUGAUGGUAGUAGGGGUUUCCACACUUUUUUUUUUUUACCCCCUUGAGUGGUGUGGUUCGGUCGGUGGUGUAGGGUCUGCGGGGAUUCUAUAUGUCUAGUGGUGGUCAAGGGAUAUCUUUGGGGGGGAGAAAGGACGGGGUUUGUGAAUUUGGUUUUACGGGCUGCUGGGCUUUUUCUCUCUCGGGUGUGCGUGCGUGCUGCUGCUGCGCGUGUCUCUUGCUGUCUGCAUAUUAUCCCACCUGUUUUGUUGUAUCUAGCUACGAUUUGGGUGUUUCACUUUGUGAUAGCGUGGAUCAAGCAAUCGACGGAUCAUGGUACUCUACUUUUUUUUUCU